UAGUGCGCACGUACUGCGUCGCCGUCGAAAAUAAUGAAGGCGUAAAAAUUUGUCGCGACAGACAACUAUUUUUGUCGUCCGAUCCAAAGCAUUCAGUGGAUUAUGAAUUAAUGGUGACAGUGGGGAAUUUCGUCGAAUGUUCUAGUGUUUUGUGUUAGUGCUAACCAGAGGGGAUAAUUUAUAUGUGAUCGUAUUUAUCCUGCAGUCAAGUAGUUCAAAACAUCAUCGGCUGAAAACCCCGCGUUCCAGAGUUUAUGGUUAAAGAAGCUAUACAGACAACAGAAGACGACGUACUCAAUAAAUAUGAAGUUAUUAUAGCUAAAGAUGUAUGUAAGAAGAACUUUGGAAGUAGGUUCAGAGACUGUUAAAAAGAAAAAAAUGAAAACCUGCCUUGCUCAGAUAUCGUUAUAUUAACUUGUGUGAGAAUGAUCUAUGCAAAGGUAUCAAGAAUACGGACUGUGGUAGUUUGUGACAAUGAAACUAGUGUAACGAGAUUUAGGCAAGAAAGAUAAAGACUGCCCCUUAUGGAUCAAGUAAAUGUGACUCGGAACCUGACGAGCAAUGCGACGGAGGUGGAAGGCCAAGAAUGGACGCAGACAUGGAUGUUCAAGCUGCGGACAGCAAUUCUGCUACUGAUCGUGAUUAUGGCUGUGCUGGGGAACAUGUUGGUGAUAGUCAGUGUCAUGAGGCACAGAAAACUUCGUGUCAUAACAAACUACUUCGUGGUAUCCUUAGCUUUUGCGGAUAUUCUCGUCGCCAUGGUCGUCAUGCCCUUUAACUUCAGCGUGCAAUUCUACAACGAAUGGAUUUUCGGCUCCAUCAUCUGCGAUCUCUGGAACUCUUCUGACGUAUAUUUCACAUCCACCUCAAUCCUGCAUCUAUGUUGUAUAUCCGUUGACAGAUAUUAUGCAAUUGUCAAACCUUUGAAAUAUCCAAUCAAAAUGACAAAAAAAAUGGCGUUUGUAAUGUUAGCAGCAACAUGGCUCAGUCCCAUAACAAUAUCAUAUGCCCCAAUUUUCAUGGGCUGGUACACAACGAGUCACCAUAUACAAACGCGAAAAUUAAAUGAGUGCGAAUUCAUAGUUAAUAAGCCAUACGCUGUAAUAUCCAGUUCUAUAUCGUUUUGGAUACCAUGCACUAUUAUGAUAUUUACCUACUUCGCCAUUUUCAAAGAGGCGAAUCGCCAAGAAAAGGCGCUCCACGCGAGAGCUGGCAAUGCAAUGCUUAUGCAUCGCCACUCAAGAGACGUGGGCGAUAAAAAUGGACUACAUAUCAAUGCCAAUACUCCUACCAAAGAUAAAAAUAUUUUGAAAAUGAAACGCGAACACAAAGCGGCGAGAACGUUGGGGAUCAUAAUGGGUGCAUUUAUCCUCUGCUGGCUUCCAUUUUUUCUGUUCUACUUGUCGACGUCUUUGUGCGACACUUGUGAAUACCCCGACGUAGUGAGUGUGAUCAUGUUUUGGACUGGUUAUUUUAAUUCCGCGUUAAAUCCGAUCAUUUACGCGUAUUUCAAUAGAGACUUUCGCAACGCUUUCAAAAACACAUUGGCGUGUGCGUUUUGUAGUUUCUGCCGCCGCGGGUCUCACGAUUCGGAUGCAUUAGAACGAUUGGAUCGACGGGCUUCGGCGCAGUUGAGAGUGCCUAUCCCUUCUAGAAGAGCGUCAGAUCUCGCAUCUCUUUGAAUAUCGCCACGGCGUGACGAAGUGACAGCCGUAUGACAGGCCUAGUGUCUCAACGAAAAUACUUUACGACGUAACUAAUUCCGUAAGUGACUGAUUUAAGAACAAUGUAAUUGUUGAUGUAAAUAUUUUUAAAUGAAUCUCUCUAUUUUGAAAUGGUAGACAUAACCUUCGAAACAGUAAUUUUUAAACUUCAAUUUAUGAAAUUAUUAGUGUUCUCACAAUCUAACUCAAAUAACCAUAGGUGUUAUAAUGAUAUUUAUUUCGGUUCCUAAAUGUUUUCGGUUUUUUUAAUGUAUGUAACUUUUAUGAAUAACAUUUAUAGAUAAGAUAUUAUUUUUAAAUGUACAUAGAUUGGUGUGUAAAUAAUUAGUAAUUACUUGUAGAUAAUACCUAUUCUGAGAAUGGCAGAAUUUUAGGCCUAAAGCUUAAAAGUUUAACACAUUUGAAAGGCCAAAGAUACAUUGUAUAUAUUUAGUAUAACUUGUACAUGAAAUUAAUUUGAAAUUAAUUUAUUGUAAAAAUCUCAAUGUUCAUAAAUGUAUAGUUGUGUAAUGAUUACUAGGAUAAGUAGACGAAAGAUCAAAUUUUAUUUUUAAAAUUAGUUUAAAUGUGUACAAUAAAUGAGUUUUAAAACGAAUUAAUAUAAAUAAUUAUUUGCAUGUGUUAUAGAAUUGUAAAUGGAUUAAUAAAAUUCUCGCUUAGACAGUAAUAGUUCACAGUAAAAUAGGUAAUGAUGUUAUGUGGAUGAUAGAUUAAUUACUAAUUCAAAUUGACAGUAUUGCAGUUAGACAAGAAUAUGCUUAAACUGUGUAUUUAAUUUUAUUUUGUUAACAUUAUUACACGAAAUAGUAAUUUUGUACACAAAAAAAUAAGUAUAACAGAAUAAGAAUUAUAUAUAUAAAAUUUAAUUCUUAAAUCUUAUUAACUUGUUUGAAACUCACCAAUUUAACAGAAAAUUUCACUUUCCAGCUUUGUAUUGAACUAAUGAACAAUUCCAACUUUUUGUUCAAUUUAAAUAAUUUCAAAUUCGGCAUUGGUUGGACCUCUUUUCACCAACGGAUAAGCGGUAAAUUGUAAUUUCGACGGUAAAGUUUUGUAUAGCCAAAGGCGUUCAACUUGUAAAUAAAGUUAGGGGUAAACUUAGAAACGUAGAUAAUAUAAGUAGAUUAAGGAAAGAUAAUUUAUAGAAUAAAGAAUUUCAUUUUAAACAUUAAUAGAGAGAUAAUAUGAUAAUGAUCAUGGGGAGAAAUAACGCUUCAAUAGAAAAUCGAGUUUUAAAAUAUUUGAUGUGCUAUUUAUUAACUAUAUAAACAGACCGAUUAGAUUUUGGUGUGUUGAUGUCGUGUUUACCAAUAUCUGUAGACAUUUAAAUACUAACCUUGACUAAUUCGAUGGAUAAUUGCGAUUCACGUCGAAAAAUUUUGGGCAGCAUGAAAUUACGAUCGCUUUUUAAAUGGAAAUCAGUACUAAAUGUGCAUUAAACAACAUAAAAAGACUACUUAGAAUAAACAAACAUAAGAUCACAGAAAUAAAUAUAUAUUUAUAUCUUUAGAAGUCUGACAACAAUAAAUGAAUUAACUAAUAAAUUUGUUCAUUUUUGGUAUGUCCAUAUUUGUUCAUUACGUAUUGCACAAUAAUUUAACCAAUAAAUUAACACUUGAUUGAUCUAGCGUUUUUACGAAAAGACAUUAUUCUGCUUUUGUACCUUAUCAUAAAACCAAUUAUGAAAACAAUUUAAUUAGAUAAUUAAAAAUCAUUCAAAAAAUUGAAAUAUUACGCAAAUACGUAAACGGCAAAGCUGCUCAAAAUUUAAAUUGACGCUAAAUUUUAGAUUUAAUAUUUUCUUCGGUGUUCAUCUUAAUUCCUCAUAAAUAAUAAUAUCUGUCUGUCGAUGUCCAUAAUAUAGAUGUCUUUGCUUAAACUCUGCGAUCUCAUAAGAACUCUAGGCUGAUGAAAGUUUCAGCGUUUCGGACCGAUUUUUAAAAUAAACUUACUGAUUUAAAUAUUUUUUUUUAUUAUUAUUAAUAUU